GAUGCAGAGUUAAAACAGGUGUUUGUAUAUCUUUAUUUGCUGAGGCUUGGCAGAGCCUUCCUUUGCGGGAAGUGUUGGAGGUUGCAAGUAUGUGGUCGUGUUUUUGAAUGUUUCAUCCUGUUGAAACGCCAGGAGAGAACGAGCCCCAGGAGUGUGUGCAAGGAGGCCGGGCUGAGUAAAAGCUUUUAAGAAGUUUCUUUUGCUGCGGGUCGCCCUCCAUCCCACCCCCCCACAGGGAUGUGCAGAUGGAGGCCGGAGGAGACACUACUGCCCCAGUCGCUGGGGAUGCGGAGGACUUGGAGGAGAUGCGGUUCCCCAGUGAGGAGGCUGAAGACGGUGGAGGGGUUCACAAGGACUUACCCGAUCCUGGAGAUGCAAGCUUGGAGAAAGCAGGAUCCAAGGCCAAGGACCAGUCACCUAGCCUGCUGCUCCAGUCAGAGGCUCCAUCAUGCACCUAUGGGCUCUGGAGCCCCGCGGCCUCCGAGGGCAGUCCUCUGGGCGGCCCUGAGAUUGGCUCGGGGGGCCCGGGCGGGGACCCGAGUGACGAGGACUGGCGCAGCAAGCGGAAGCACGUGUUUGUGCUGAGUGAGGCCGGCAAGCCCAUCUACUCGCGGUACGGCAGCGUGGAAGCCCUGUCGACCACCAUGGGCGUGAUGACAGCGCUGGUGUCCUUCGUGCAGAGUGCAGGAGACGCUAUUCGCGCCAUCUAUGCUGAGGACCACAAGCUGGUGUUCCUACAGCAGGGCCCGCUGCUGCUGGUGGCCGUGUCAAGGACUCCUCAGUCAGCCGCCCAGCUGCGUGGGGAGCUGCUGGCCGUGCACGCCCAGAUCGUGAGCACCCUGACGCGCGCCAGCGUGGCUCGUAUCUUUGCGCGCAAGCAGAACUAUGAUCUCCGCCGCCUGCUGGCCGGCUCGGAGCGCACCCUGGACCGACUUCUGGACAGUGUGGAGCGGGACCCGGGGGCCCUCCUGCUGGGCGCCGUGCGCUGUGUGCCUCUGGCUCGCCCACUGCGGGAUGCGCUGGGCGCGCUGCUCCGACGCUGCACAGCGCCCGGCCUGGCCCUCUCGGUGCUGGCGGUGGGCGGUCGCCUGGUGACAGCCGCCCAGGAGCGGACGGUGCUGGCCGAGUGCCGGCUGGACCCUGCCGACCUGCAGUUGCUGCUGGACUGGGUAGGGGCACCGGCCUUUGCGGCAGGCGAGGCCUGGGCACCCGUGUGUCUCCCCCGCUUCAAUCCUGAUGGUUUCUUCUACGCCUACGUGGCCCGCCUGGACGCCAUGCCCGUCUGCCUGCUGCUGCUGGGCACCGACCCCGAGGCCUUCCAUGACAUGGCCACCUGCCGGCGCCUGGUCGACGAGGGCAUGCACUCGCUCGGAGCCAUGCGUGCCCUCAGGGAAGCUGCCAGCUUCUCAAAUGCUGCAUCGGCCAGUGCCUCAGCCUACAGGGUGCAGGCUGUGGGCGCUCCUGGCCUCCGGCACUUCCUCUAUAAGCCGCUGGACAUCCCUGACCAUCACCGCCAGCUGCCCCAGUUUACCAGCCCUGAGCUGGAGGCCCCCUACAGCAGAGAGGAGGAGCGACAGCGCCUGUCUGACCUGUACCACCGCCUGCACGCCCGGCUGCACAGCACCUCCCGGCCGCUGCGCCUCAUCUACCACGUGGCUGAGAAGGAGACCCUUCUGGCCUGGGUGACCUCCAAAUUUGAGCUGUAUACCUGCCUCAGCCCCCUGGUGACCAAGGCAGGUGCCAUCCUCGCAGUGACCAAACUCCUGCGUUGGGUGAAGAAAGAGGAGGAUCGGCUCUUCAUUCGUUACCCACCCAAGUACUCCACACCCCCAGCAGCCCCAGCGGCUUCUACGGACCAAGCUUCCCACAAUGGCUUGUUUGCUGGCCCUUGAGAGGCAGACCUUCCAGACUGGGCAGUGUUGAGAACCACCACCUUGGGCUUUUACCUUCUGUCUUCACCCUGGAAAUGGCGCAGGGUUGGGGGGUUGGUGGUGGUAGUAUGUCUGUGUGUGUCCAGUCGCUCAGUCAAGUCCAAUUCUUUUGCAACCCCUCAGACUGUAGCCUGCAAGGCUCCUCUGUCCAUGUAGUUUCCCAGGCAAGAAUACUGGGGUGGGUUGCCAUGUCCUGUGGCUGGUCCCAGUCUCCCUGGGCAGUGCAGCAGGAUCUGGGGAGCUGCUCACCAAAGACACAUGGGUGGCAGGGUGAUUGCACACAGGUGAGCAGGCUGCCUACCCAGUCCCCUCAUGCCCCUCCACCUCUGGGAAAAUCCUUAAGACUCCCUCUUCCCCUCCCUCUGCCUUCACUUUCUCCACUUGGAUGGUGUUCCAGCCUCUGUCAGGGACCGUCUCCACGCUCGCUCCUGCGACAGGGGCCUGGCUUCUCCCUGGGAUCUCAGCCCAGAGUGUCUAGGGCUGGCCAAGGUCUCCCUUGGUGGCCCACGGCAGUUUUGGAAUUGGAAAUGUAGGACCAAGUCUGUGCCCUGAAACGGCCUGAGGAUAUUUUUAAACAAAAGAGAACUGCACAUAAAAGGCCUAAAACUGAUAUCCACAAGGACAUUUCCUUUGCCCUUCAUGUGCUUCAUCUUUACCCAGUAUAAAAUGCCCCCAUCAGUGCUGGCUGCUGCUAAUAUUAAUAAGAAGGUGACCUCCAGCGUCCACCUGCCUAUGUAACCCAGGGCAAAGUACCCGACUUCACACAGUGACUGAAAUCCAAAAUUUUUACACAGAUCCACUUAGCUUCCAUGGCCCAUUCUGUUCAUUCGUGACCGCUCAUAGGCUGUUAAAUGAGGAUUUGUGAAAGGGGACUGCACCACUUGUGCACCACCACACAGCACCUGCACAGUUGUCCGACUCACAAACCGCACGACCCAAGCAAAGAUGAGACAGAGAGCGAGGCCUGCCUGUAAUUUCUACGUGUGUGUGCAACACUCAACACCCCAACAACCAAGACCCUAGUCCUGCCUCAGGUUUCGCUAAGCUGGAGCUUGGAGGCUCGUGCUGCACGUGUACGUGCUAACUGUCGCUCAGAGAUCUCUGGGUGGUCCACUUCGGUGAGCUGAUCGCCCAUCGCUCUUCACCCUGGUCAACUGAUGCGCAGAGACGCACCGGACACGUGCACGCUGUACCGCCUUUCUGCCGUCGCGUGUUUUUGUUUAACCAAUCACCAAAGCGCACGCGUAUCAGCUGCGUGCUGGAAAAUGGCGGGGAAGCUGGAGCCUCGGGAAGUGAAGUCGCCGGAAGUCGUGGAGGAUGGUGAACGUAGUGAAGGCAAGGGGCCUCUGGCAUCCAGGGUCGAAGGGAGGGAACCUUCGUCCCCUUGCCCUAGUGCAGUGGGUAGUCACUCGGUCGUAUCCGAGUCUGCAACCCCAUGGACUGUAGCCCUCCAGACUCCUUCGUUCAGGGGAUUUCUUGGCAAGAAUUCUGGAGUGGGUUGUCUUUAAGGGAUCUUCCCAACCCAGGGAAGAAACGGAUCUGCAUUGCAGGUGAAUGCUUUGCCGUCUGAGCCACCAGGGAAGCCCUUUGUCUCCUUACAAUAAUGAAAUACUGGUACCAGUACUAAAAAAAAAAAAAAAAUUAUACACUGCUGUCCAACAAAGCGGAGAUAAAAACAUGUAUAAUUCUCAGCAUCUAGAUUAACUUGUCAAUUUUUUUGGUUAUACGUGAGUUAAAUAGAAUACCUCAGUAUUCAUCUUUUCAAACAAUAAAGGGGUGGAUCUCACAAAACCCACUCAACUGCUGCCACAUCUAAGAAAACUUAACAGUAAUUCCAAUACCGUCAUUUCACACCCUCCCAGCACAUGCCACACUUUGCAUGGACUCUUAAAUAUUAAUCGUGGAUGGCCACUCUCAAGAGAGCUUCUUUUCUCCCGGCAUUUUGUUAAUACUGACGCCCCCUACCCCAGUGAGAGGAAAGACAGAAUUGUUCUAGAGGGAGCUGGAAAUUGCAGUCUAGGCAAAAGAGGAAAAUUGUCGAAGACAAUGAUCCCCCGCUAUGCCACUAGCACUUUUUUUUUCAACUAUAAAAAUUUUCAAAAUGUACUU